AUGUUAUUGAUAAUGGACAAUGCACAACAAACGAAGACUGUAAAGCAACGAAUGGGAUUAAUUGUAUUAAAUGUUAUAAAGGAGAACUCAACGCCAAUUGUGGUUCAUGCAGUGAUGUCAAUUGUGUAUUAUGAUGGAAUGUGCCAGUUAACAAUCGACACAUCGAUUUAUGAUUACAACGACGUUAUUUACUGUAAAGACGGGUAUUACAUUGAUAACUCUGAGUGCAAAAGUUGCUCAACAAAUAAUGCGAAUUGGAUGAAAUGUGAUGUUGAGAAGCCUAUGAAAUGUUCAACAAACUAUGAAAUCACAGAGAGUGGUAGUUGUGAAUCGACAACUUGCAAAAACAAUGAAGAAACAGAACAGAAUGGGAGGUGCUCUGUAACACAAGAUAAUUGUGCGUUUACACUCAAUAAUAAAUGUGUUGAAUGUACUAACAAUUACACGAUAGACGACAAUGGAAAUUGCAUACAAAACAAUGGAGAAAUUGAACAAUCCUAUUGUAAAGAAACAACACAAUAUGGGUGUGUGAGGUGUAACGACAAAUACUAUUUAUUAUUUGGGAAGUGUGUGAGUUGUGAUGAUAACUGUGACGCCUGCAUCUCAAAUUCAACAUUUUGUCUUUCAUGCAAAGAAGGGACGUUUUUGAGUGACCACAAGUGUAUUACAAACAACGUCUUGAAUGGCAUUUGUACACAGUUUAUACCAUCAGGUGGGUGUGUCAAAUGUAAUGAUGGAUAUUACAGAAGUGGGUUGUCUUGUGAGAAAUGUGACGUCAAAUGUGGGACUUGCAACAACAGAGAAAGUUGUUUGACGUGCAACUUAACAAAUUAUCGAACGUCCAAUAACGAAUGCAAACCACAAAGCGACAUUGUUGGGUGUCAACUGGAAACAACACAAAAUGGAUGUUCAAAGUGUUCUGAUGGGUGUUUCACAGUCAACACAAAUGAGUGUGAAAAGUGUAAUGCGACUUGUGCAACGUGUGUGCAAACAAAAUACGCGUGUACUUCAUGUGAUACAAAUGAAGUUUUGGUUGACUCACAAUGUGUUGAUAUUUCAUUCAUAACAAAUUGCAAAGAAGUUGGUUAUUCAAAAUGCACAAAAUGCUCAUUUUGGCACACACCAAGUGCAAAUGGCACUUACUGCAAUUCACAUGUUGUGUGGUGGGUUAUACUAAUAGGUGUACUUCUUAUAAUAGUUAUAUUCAUUGUGACGACAUUGGUGAUUGUGUUAAUAGUUAAACACGUUUCAAAAUAUUUAAAAGAAAAGUCCAAUGAGACAACAACGACACUCUUUGAAAUGUCAAAGUCGAACAUUCAAUUUGUGACAGUUGGUGAUGGCGUUGUGGUAAAUAAAACAAAAAUAGUUUUCAACGAUGGCGAAGAAGUCGAAGUCAACGAAAAGCAGAGAGAUUUGUUGUGUGUUGGUAAUAUCACCAAACACAACAUGAAAAUCCAAAUUUCAACACAAACACUCACAAACCAGAAAUAUCAAAUUGAGAGUAAUCCACAAAUAGUCGUCUUGCCAAAAGGCUUUGCGUGUGAAUUUGAGAUAUUACUGACACUUUCGUGUACUUCCAAAAUUGAAAGUAAAAUACUUUUAGUGGCAAAUUCAUAUACACAACAAAAAGCAAUUUGCAAAGCAAUUGGGAUAUCUGCUCUCUCAAAAAUUUCAAUUCGAAUUGAUCCAGACGAAUUAAUAGAAGGUGUCAAAAUAGGGGAGGGGUCUUUUGGUAUUGUGUACAAAGGAAAUUACAGGGGAAAUGUUGUUGUUAUUAAAAAGAUGAAAAGUGCACAAGAAAACGUGAUGGAUGAAUUCACCAAAGAAGUCUCUAUGUUGGACAAAUUCCGAAGUGAGUACAUUGUCCACUUUUAUGGCGCCGUCUUUAUACCAAGUAAGGUGUGUAUGGUCACUGAAUAUGCACAAUAUGGAAGUUUGAAGGAUUUGAUGAGCCACAAAAAUUCGAAUGAAAUUGACUUUCAAAUUCGCAAUAAAAUGAUGAUUGACGCAGCCAAAGGAAUUUUGUAUUUACAUUCAAAUGGGAUAUUACACAGAGACAUCAAACCAGACAACAUUCUCGUCUUUUCACUUGAUGUGAAUGACAAAGUGAAUGCGAAAUUGACUGAUUUUGGAGCAAGUCGAAACAUCAAUAUGCUGAUGACAAACAUGACAUUCACCAAAGGUAUUGGAACACCAAAGUACAUGGCGCCUGAAGUCUUAAACAAAGAAAAGUACAAGAAGGCGGCUGAUGUGUAUUCAUUUGCAAUUACAAUGUAUGAGUGCUUUACGUGGAGUGACGCGUUUCCAAAGGAUGUCUACAAAUACGCGUGGGAUAUUGCAGACUCGGUGUGUUAUGGCAAGCGCCCUGAUUUAAUGAUGCUAACUGAAAAACAGAAAGAUGUUGUUGUUAAGGCGUGGCAACAAACGCCAAAAGACAGACCUGAUAUUGAGACGGUGAUUAAACAAUUAGAAUCGUUGUGA